UUAUCUCCUCCAUUUCCACCACCCAACCACCUCAACAUCACCGUCGUCCCCACCGCCACCGGAACACUACCCUCCAUUAAUGGCCGCCCUUCAAUGGCUAAGCUUAGUCGCCGCCAUAUGGCUCCAAGCCGUGAGCGGAACCAACACCAACUUCCCCGUCUACUCCUCCCGCCUCAAGCACCUCCUCUCCAUUUCCCAAGUCCAGCUCAACAACCUCGCCUUCGCCAACGACGCCGGAAAGUUAUUCGGCUGGUUUUCCGGCAUUGCCGCGCUCUACCUCCCCCUCUGGCUCGUCCUCCUCCUCGGCUCCUCCCUCGGCUUCGUCGGAUAUGGCGUCCAGUACCUUUUCCUCGUCGGAAAAAUCGCGUACCUCUCGUACUGGCACGUCUUCGUCCUCACGGCGCUCGCCGGAAACAGUAUCUGCUGGAUUAACACCGUCUGUUACAUCGUCGCCAUCCGGAAUUUCCCGUCGGACCGCCAGGUGGCGGUGGGGAUUUCCACGAGCUAUGUCGGGUUAAGCGCCAAGAUUUUCACGGAUAUCGUGGAAGCUGCCAUGAAUGUAUCUUCCCCUACUGACAGAGCCCACGCUUAUCUCCUCCUUAAUUCCCUCCUGCCGCUAAUAGUCGCCGUGGUUGCUUCUCCCAUCGCCCGGGAAAUCAAGAUCGGAGUAUCCAGACGGCUCGCCGGAGGGUUCAGUGUAAUGUUCGCGAUCACCAUAGCCACCGGCGUGUACGCCGUGAUCACAACCACCUUGGGUUCGGAGAUUUCAAGGAAAAAGUUGCUAAAACACCUGAGUUUCGCAGGUAUGGCUGUGCUGUUAUGUCUGCCAACGUUAGUCCCUCUGGGUCAGAAAAUCACGGAGCUCUGCCGGAAAAAAUGUCCGAUAAGACCCAAAAAUCAGGUCUGCGAUCACCAGGGUUCUGAUUUUUCCGUGGGAAUAGAGGGUGGAGAGGUGAAAGAAGAGGAACAACAAUCACAAUCUGUGAUUGUUGUUGUGGAAGAAGUGGAAUGGAAAGAUUUGGUGAAAAGAGGAGAUUUUUGGUUAUAUUUCUUGGUUUAUUUUCUUGGUGCGACUCUGGGGUUAGUGUACUUAAACAAUCUGGGUCAAAUCGCCGAGUCUCGUGGCUUCUCCAAUGCUUCUCUUCUCGUAUCACUGUCGUCUUCAUUCGGAUUCUUUGGGCGUCUCCUUCCAUCGCUUUACGACUAUUUCUUCUCAAUGUCCAAGAACAAGAUUUCGAGGCCGGCAAGCAUUGCAGUGAUGAUGGCGCCGAUGUGCGGAGCUUUCUUCUUGCUUCUCCACGGCGGCCAUGGCUGCCUCUACACCAGCACCGCCAUAAUAGGGGUCUGCACCGGCGCAAUCACCUCCGUUGCCGUCUCCACCACCACAGAGCUCUUUGGGGCCAAGAAUUUUGGCGUCAACCACAACAUUUUGGUGACCAAUAUACCCAUCGGCUCCUUCAUCUUUGGGGACUUUGCAGCUUAUGUUUACAAGAGACAAGGGAGGAUUUCUGGGGGCAGUGACGGAAUUUGCACAGGCAUGCAGUGCUUUCACACCACUUUUGUCGUCUGGGGUUGUCUUUGCUUUUUUGGUACCUGUUUGGCUGUUUUGUUUCAUAGUAGAACUCGAAGAAAUUAAACAACAGCCAUCAUUAACUGUUGUUGUUAAGAUCAGACCAAACUAACUAACUAAAGUUGGCUAGAAUACGUUUUGUCUUAAUUGCCCUGAUAAUGACGUCUGUAAUCUUGCUUAAUUUGGUGGAUUUGCUACUUGAGAGAGGAGAGAUGGGAGUAUUAUUAUAUUAGUAAUUAGUAAUAACUAAAUCGGUCUGUACUCAUCAAUUACACUAUGGCUAGAUUAUAUUUAUCCAGCAUAUAUACCCUAACAUAGUUAUUACGAGUUUUUCUUGUUACCUCCAA